UCUGUUUCAAGCUGUCACCAGAAUGUCGUCUUCUUCUUCUUCUUCCUCUUCCUCUACGCUUAAACCCAUUAAUUCAAUUUCCUAUUAACGAGCCCUGAGGAGAGGAGAGGAGAGAUCUGAAUUCGGGGGAGACUAAGCGAUGAUGAUUUCUAUUAAUCACAUCGCGCUUCUUUGUCUCGUUCUCGCCGCCGCCGCCGGGAUCUCGAUCUCUACGGCGAUCUCAGAGAACGAGUCUAUAUACGAGAUCCUCCUGGCGAAUGGUUUGCCUUCCGGGAUAUUCCCUAAAGGCGUUAAGGAAUUCAACUUCGACGCCGAGACGGGACGCUUCUCCGUUUAUUUGAAUCAUUCAUGCGAGGCUAAAUACGAGACUGAGCUGCAUUACGACGCCAAUAUCACCGGGACCAUAGGGUCCGCUCAAAUCUCGGAUUUAUCGGGAAUCUCGGCGCAGGAGCUCUUCUUGUGGUUCCAGGUUAAAGGAAUCCGGGUCGACGUCCCGAGCUCUGGUCUUAUAUACUUUGACGUUGGUGUUGUUCGCAAGCAAUACUCUUUGUCUUUGUUUGAGACGCCUAGAGAUUGUGUUGCGGUUUCUGGUGUUGACAAGGUUCAGCCUCUUAUGUUGCCAUUGUAUCAUGUAGAUCAGAAUCUUGGGAGAAACGUUAUUUAGCACAAAUAUGAGGAAUGUUGUUAUGCCAUACCAGAGAGAAAGGAAGAUAGAUGCUUUCAUCAAUUCUUGAAGAUACUUCAACUGUUUUGGUCUCAAAUCUUAGGCGUGAUUCAAAAUCCAAAAAUUGCUUCAUUCUUUCCCUCCCCCAUUCUCC